AUGGCGAGCCAUAUUAUCGGUAACAGGAACAGUACUCCCGAGGCCUCCAAAUCCUCCCUUCGACCUCCGUCCUCCCGCACCCUCGGUGGUUCUCAUCAGCUCCGUGCUUCUGCCGAUAUGUCAGGGUUUUCCUCUCCUCUCGCGCCACGGAAUAUUCGUCCAUCGUCCGAGGUCUAUUUUAAUCAGCAAGUUCAGGGGCAAAAUAACGCUGAAGAUGCCUUGGACAGGGCCGCACAGCAAUGGAUUGCAGACAUUGAUCAGUACGAGACAACUCUCGAGGAGAUGGCUGCGGCUACCCUGGAUCAGGAUUUCAAAGACGAGCUGAGCGCCAUCGAACAGUGGUUUCGUGUUUUGAGUGAAGCCGAAAGGACCGCUGCCCUCUACGCUUUGCUGCAGCAGACCACUCAGGUGCAGAUUCGUUUCUUCAUCCAAGUUCUGCAGCAGAUGUCGCAAAGCCACCCGAUGUCCAGUGUCUUAUCGCCGGCCAAUUUUGGUGAAAAGGACCCCAUGUCUAACCGUUUGAGUGAUGCGAUGGCUAAAUUGAACGUGGAGCCGUCCCGUAAUUCCCUGGGACGCCCACCACCGUCUCCUGGAAAUAAGCGCAACUCUGGUCUUGAUUCCUCCACUAUAAAUGCCAUGUUCCCAGAUGCCGCAGCUGUCAUCGCAAAAAAGAAAGCCGAGUUCACCCAGCAGACCGGCAACCUUCCCGGGUCGAACCGGAACAGCGUAGUCUUCGGUGAUCGGACGUCUCUGGUGACGCCAACCAUAUCUGCACCGGAUUGCAAGGACACCUUGCCACAACCACCAGUCUCACCGUGGGCUCAGCGUGCACCCGAACCUCAAGCCCCAAUCGCACGUCCCAAGUCAUCGAGCGAACAGCAGCCAAUGGGCCAAUUCUCCCAGCCUCUUUCGUCGUUGCGUUCGCCGCUUCCUAUGAACCCUGGUACUUCUGCUAAUAUCCAGAGCACCACCAUCACAGCGCCUGAGAUUACGCAAGACCCUCCCCUUCUCUCCCCAUAUAAUUUAGGAAAUGCCAGCUGGGCUUCGAUGAGCAAUACUCCGCUAGUCCCGUCCUUUAGUCAACAGGGUGCUCAGUCGCAAGCCGAUAUGGUUGCUAAUGCCACCGCUAUGAAGCUAGCUGCCUUAUCCACGGUUAACAACAGGAUUGCUUUAGAUGACGCUCGCAAGUACCGACGCGCUCGGUCCAACGACGGCCAGAAGAAUGCUGGGCAAGGGCCACUUUCGCCUGGCCUUCCGAAUACCAGUAUUCCUGGAACUAACGUGAUCAUGGUCAAUGACGCAGGCCAAAUUCUCAAUCCACAGCAAAUAGCCGCCCUACAAGCGCAGCAGCAGGCAGCCGCAAUGGCUGGUCGCCGCUCCCGACCGAAUUCUCCCGGCUUAGCGAUGCAGGGAGGUUCGAUGGGACAUAUGAACUUUACUUCUCCACAAAACAAUGGGUUCUUGGCUGCUUACGACACGAAUGCCCUCUUGGGUAACGGCUUCGGUGGACUCGGUAUGGGCCUUGCUGGCGCUGGUAGUCACGAAGGAUAUCUUUCAGACCAUUCCGAGAUAAACCGUGGUCGCUCCCCACGGGGUCGACGGGGUAGUUCCAAACCACCGGAAGAUCCCACUGAUACGAAACUUCUUCAAGACAUCCCCGCCUGGCUUCGAUCUUUGCGUCUACAUAAAUACACCGAUAAUCUCAAAGAUCUGAAAUGGACGGAAUUAAUUGAACUUGAUGAUAAAGCCUUGGAAGCUCGGGGAGUGAACGCUCUCGGCGCCAGAAAUAAGAUGCUGAAGGUGUUUGAGCAAGUGAAGGAGGCAAAAGCAGCAGGGAAACUUGCUUCUAUUAUCUAAGUGAGAUAAUGAGAGAUCAAGAAUCUCAAUGUAGUAAAUCACAGAAGGGAAAGCCAAUUGCGCCUUUUGUUUCUCAUUACAAUGAGAGCAUCACUGGUCCUGGUUGACGACAUUUCAUCCAGUUGAGACGAAUCUCUUAAACCGAAGUGAAGAAGCCAUAUAUGAAACAUGUACGGAGCACUCCCAUAUUCAUAU